CUCCCUGCAAAGACCCCUCUUCCAUUCCUCCCAGAGUCCAUGGAAGCAUCCUCCCUGGAGCCCCUGGGGCGGCCAGGAGAGGAGCUGAGCUCCUGGAAGAGGCAGACCACCAACAUCCGCAAGACCUUCAUCUUCAUGGAAGUGCUGGGCUCGGGUGCCUUCUCCGAGGUGUUCCUGGUGAAGCAGCGCCUCACGGGGCAGCUCUUUGCGCUGAAGUGCAUCAAGAAGACGCCCGCUUUCCAGGGCAGCAGCUUGGAGAAUGAGAUCGCGGUGCUCAAGAAGGUCAAGCACGAGAACAUCGUGACUCUGGAAGACAUCUACGAGAGCGCCUCGCACUACUACCUGGUCAUGCAGCUGGUGUCAGGCGGCGAGCUGUUUGACCGCAUCUUGGAGCGGGGCGUCUACACCGAGCGGGACGCCAGCCUGGUGAUCCGCCAGGUGCUCUCAGCCGUCAAGUACCUGCAUGAGAACGGCAUCGUCCACAGGGACCUGAAGCCCGAGAACCUGCUGUACCUCACCCCCGAGGACAACUCCAGAAUCAUGCUCACGGACUUUGGGCUGUCCAAGAUGGAGCAGAGUGGGGUCAUGUCCACAGCCUGUGGGACCCCCGGCUACGUGGGGACAGCCACCCAGAGCCCCGCCCGGACACCUGCCUGGCUCUGCCCUCCUCCCCCACCCCCCACCCCCACAGCUCCGGAAGUGCUGGCUCAGAAGCCCUACAGCAAGGCCGUGGACUGCUGGUCCAUUGGGGUCAUCACCUACAUCCUGUGGAGGCAGCUGGCAUCUCCUCCCGCCCGCAGGCUGUGUGGGUACCCGCCCUUCUAUGAAGAGACCGAGUCCAAGCUUUUCGAGAAGAUCAAGGAAGGUUAUUAUGAGUUCGAGUCCCCCUUCUGGGACGACAUCUCAGAGUCCGCCAAGGAUUUCAUCUGCCACUUGCUGGAGAAGGACCCGGAGGAACGUUACACGUGUGAGAAGGCCCUGGGGCACCCCUGGAUCGAUGGAAAUACUGCCCUGCACCACGACAUCUACCCUUCAGUCAGUCUGCAGAUCCAGAAGAACUUUGCCAAGACAAAGUGGCGGCAAGCCUUCAACGCGGCGGCCGUGGUGCACCACAUGCGGAAACUGCACAUGAACCCCCACAGCCCAGGGCAUCUUGAGGCGGAGAGCCGGCCCCCAGGGACCCCGGCCGCCCCCGCCCUCACGCUCAGCCCGCUGCCCGCCCAGGCGCCCGGAGCCCUCCCCGGCCCGUCCCAGCCCCCCUGUCUGCACGGCGCCCGCUCCCUCAAGUGCCUGGUCAAUGGCUCCCUCCGUAUCAGCAGCAGCCUGGUGCCCCUGCAUCCCAGAGCCCUGCCCGCUGCGUCCUGCGGCUGUGCCAGCUGCCCCGGCGCCAAGGGCCGCACUGCCUGCCGCUCCGAGCCACUGCUCAGGAAGGCCAGGAAGCAGAACUUCAAGUCCCAGGUCCUGGUGCCCGUGAGGACGGGUGGGGCCCACUGCCGGGCGGGGCAGGCGGGGGUCUGUCUCCUCAUGUGAUCGCCACUGCAUCUGCUGCAACUAUCAGGCCCACCUCUGCUGUGCUCACUGGCCAGAGACCCCAAGUGGAGACGGCGAGUGGAGACCCCAAAGAGGGGCGUCUGGGAGGCAGCAGCUCAGGGGGGCCAGCCUCAAGCCCCAGGCUGCACCACCCCCCUGUGCGUGGCUGUGUCCUGGUGUCUGGCCUGUCCUCUGUGACAAGCUUAGCUGGCAGGUGGCGCCUCCUGUGAGCAAAGCCAUAUGGAGCCCUGACCCAGCACAGCCGUGAGGCGGACGGGCGCUUCCUGUGUGAGUGCAUGGCUGUCCUCGCCCAGACCCGUGCUGACCUGUGACCCUGACCCCAGCUGACCUGUGCCCUGGACCUUGUGAUGGCUUGGGAUCCAGGCCCUUGUGCUGAUCUCUAAGCCAGGCCCAUGCCGACCUGUGACACCGGCCCCCUGACCUGUGACCCAGACUUCUCCUGACCUGUGACCCUGGUCCCCUGACCUGUAACCCUGACCCCCCUGGCCACAGUCAGCCCUGGCACCCCGGAACCCCACCAGGUAACAGUGCCUCCUCCAGGGCUGGGCUGGCAACCUGGUGGAGUGCCCACUCCCAGCUAGGGUGGCUGAGGGACGACCCUCAUCAGCCUUGGCCCUGCCCUGUCUGCUCCUCCUGAAAAGGUGGUUGUGCUCCUGGCCUCAGCUUCUGUGCUCAAUAAAGUGGAUAUAUUUUC